AUAAUUAAGCAAAAAAAAAAAUUUAAUUAAAUAACUUUGAAAAACAAACAAACCAUCAUAUUAUUUUUUCAAAAAUUUAUUGAUAUUAAAAUGGGCUGCGUACAAUCUGCUAAACCAAUGAACAGAAAGAGUUUAUAAAUUGAAUAAAAUAUGAAUGAUUGCUCCAUUCAAGUCGCUAAGAAAAGAUACAACCCUGAUUUAAUGAAAAAUGGUUGCUAAGCUGCUGAAUUAAAUGAUUUCUCUCUUUGUGCUACUGAUAAGAAAAGAGGAAAUUAUGACGACAUUGAUGAUAUGAAUGAAUUCGAUAACUCAUUUGAUGAUGAAAAGAAUACAAAUUCAUCUAAAUCUGAAGAACAAUAAGAUACAAAAUAAGUUAUUCCUGCUUAAAUGCAAAUUAACUGGUAAUUAUAAAAUAAUAUUGGUGAAAGCUCUCUCCUUCAAAGAAGAUUCAUCAACAAUAAAUUAAAAAUUAAUUCUAAUUGUGAAAUCGCUUGCUAAUGA